AGCGCCUCUCUGAUUGCUGGUGUAGCACAGAGGAGUGAGAGAAGGCUGCACUGUGACAACGUACUGGGCUGGGACUGCAGAUGUUCUGUGCAAUUUCCUAACACUCCGGGCAAGUUCAAUUCACCCAUUUUCAGGAGGCUCGUUAUUUUUUUCUUUCCAGUGGCUAAAGAAGGAUCGGAAAAUCUACAUACGGUGUCGGUUGUUAUUAAAGCGACGUUUCAGCCAGCAGCUGCGAUGCCGCCAUGUUGAAGCGAAGUAUUAGUGAGUGACUGGUUGGGACUGAACUGACAAGCGAGCGGAGCAGAGACUGUGGGGAGGGGGCUGCUGCUGUAGCUGGUGACGCAGGAAAAACACCUAAGAGCAGACAAAAAACGGGGAGGAAGAACAUUUUAAUAGACUGGUUACAUGCAAGAAAGCUUUGUAUGAGAUACAUGGAAGAAUUUCUGGAAUAAUUAGUGAACAGAGAGGAAGUCAAUUCCUGGUGAGCGGCUAUUUACCCUGCUAACCACCUCAGCUAGCUAUAGUGCUUUGGUUAUGCAAUGGUCUCUGCAAAACAUCUUGUGCUCCAGGUGGUGCUCUCACACACAGACGCUUGCCGGUUCUCUGUCGUGGUUGACGAGGUGUUGAUUUCCUCCCUCGCCAUAACGACAUAAGCGGUCAAAAUUGCAAAGGUCUGCCCUGUGUCGAGUAUGACUGCCACGACCCGCGGCUCUCCCGUGGGGGGCAAUGACAGCCAGGGCCAGGCUCCGGAUGGCCAGUCUCAGCCCCCACUGCCCCAGAACCAGACAUCGUCCCCCAGCUCCUCGAAUGAGAACUCCCCCAUGAGCCCUCCAGAUGAGCAGGGUCAGGGGGAUUCCCCCCCGCAGACAGAAGAGGAGGAACCUGCCUUCCCCCACACGGACCUGGCCAAGCUAGAUGACAUGAUCAACCGGCCUCGCUGGGUGGUUCCAGUUUUACCAAAGGGCGAGUUGGAGGUUCUUCUUGAGGCUGCUAUAGAUCUCUGUAAAAAAGGACUGGAUGUCAAGUGUGAAGCAUGUCAGAGGUUUUUUCGGGAUGGCUUGACAAUUUCCUUCACGAAAAUUCUCACCGACGAGGCAGUGAGCGGCUGGAAAUUUGAGAUUCAUAGGUGUAUUAUAAACAACACUCACCGCCUGGUGGAGCUUUGUGUGGCCAAGCUCUCUCAGGACUGGUUCCCUCUUCUUGAGCUGCUGGCCAUGGCAUUGAACCCCCACUGCAAGUUUCACAUCUACAAUGGCACACGACCCUCUGAGACUGUGCCGGCGGGGGUGCAGCUGGCGGAGGAUGAGCUCUGCGCCCGUCCACCAGACCCACGCUCUCCCAAGGGCUGGCUGGUGGAUUUAAUAAACAAAUUUGGCACGUUAAACGGGUUUCAAACACUGCAUGAUCGCUUUAUGAGCGGCCAAGCCUUGAAUGUUCAGGUCAUCGCAGCGCUUAUUAAGCCUUUCGGGCAGUGUUAUGAGUUUCUUACGUUGCACACGCUGAAGAAGUACUUUCUUCCAGUUAUAGAAAUGGUUCCACAGUUUCUAGAAAACCUCACCGAUGAGGAAUUGAAAAAGGAAGCCAAGAACGAAGCCAAAAACGAUGCAUUGUCAAUGAUAAUCAAGUCGUUGAAGAACCUUGCUUCACGGGUACCGGGGCAAGAGGAGACCGUAAAAAAUUUAGAGAUUUUUAGGUUAAAAAUGAUUCUUAGGUUAUUGCAAAUUUCUUCCUUCAAUGGCAAAAUGAACGCACUAAAUGAAGUCAACAAGGUGAUAUCGAGCGUUUCCUAUUACACCCACCGGCACGGCAGUCCUGAAGAAGAGGAGUGGCUCACGGCUGAACGCAUGGCAGAAUGGAUCCAACAGAACCACAUCCUGUCCAUUGUGCUCAGAGACAGCCUCCACCAGCCACAGUAUGUGGAGAAACUGGAGAAGAUCCUCCGCUUUGUCAUUAAGGAGAAGGCUUUGACACUCCAAGACCUGGACAACAUCUGGGCAGCUCAGGCUGGAAAGCACGAAGCUAUUGUGAAGAAUAUGCAUGAUCUCCUGGCAAAGCUGGCCUGGGAUUUUUCUCCCGAGCAGCUUGAUCAUCUCUUUGAUUGUUUCAAGGCAAGUUGGACAAAUGCCAGCAAAAAGCAGCGAGAGAAGUUGCUGGAGCUGAUACGUCGCCUUGCUGAGGAUGAUAAAGAUGGGGUGAUGGCCCACAAAGUGUUAAACUUACUGUGGAACCUGGCCCACAGUGACGAUGUUCCUGUGGACAUCAUGGACCAGGCCCUGAGUGCCCACAUCAAGAUCCUGGAUUACAGCUGCUCACAAGACAGAGACACACAGAAAAUCCAGUGGAUAGAUCGCUUCAUUGAAGAGCUGAGAACCAACGACAAAUGGGUGAUUCCUGCAUUGAAGCAAAUCCGGGAAAUCUGCAGUUUAUUUGGGGAGGCUCCACAGAACCUAAGAAAGAAAAUACCUUUUAACAUAGAAAAGAACUUAGUGGGUCAGACACAGAGAAGUCCUCACGUAUUUUAUCGACAUGACCUGAUUAACCAGCUGCAGAACAACCACGCGCUGGUCACCCUGGUGGCUGAAAACCUGUCGGCUUACAUGGAAGGCAUGAGGCAGUUCGCUAAAGAGCACUUGGAGUACGACCCCCAGACGGUCCACUUGGGCAGCCGCUACAGCCAUGUGCAGGAGGUCCAGGAAAGACUCAACUUCUUGAGGUUUCUGCUGAAGGAUGGGCAGUUGUGGCUGUGUGCACCUCAAGCCAAACAGAUCUGGAAAUGCCUGGCAGAGAAUGCCGUGUUCCUGUGUGACCGCGAGGCCUGCUUCAAAUGGUACUCCAAGCUGAUGGGGGACGAGCCGGAUCUGGACCCGGACAUUAACAAAGACUUUUUCGAAAACAAUGUUCUGCAACUGGACCCGUCGCUCCUGACGGAAAAUGGCAUGAAGUGUUUUGAGCGCUUUUUCAAGGCGGUGAAUUGCAGGGAAGGGAAGUUGGUGGCUAAACGGAGGGCCUACAUGAUGGACGAUCUGGAACUGAUUGGGCUGGAUUACCUGUGGAGGGUGGUGAUACAAGGAAGUGAUGACAUUGCCAGCAGAGCAAUAGACUUACUGAAAGAGAUUUAUACAAACCUUGGGCCAAAGCUGCAAGUCAACCAGGUUGAGAUUCAUGAAGACUUCAUCCAGUCUUGUUUCGACCGGUUGAAAGCCUCCUAUGACACCCUGUGUGUUCUGGAUGGAGACAAAGACAGCAUUAAUUGUGCCAGGCAGGAGGCCAUCCGCAUGGUGAGAGUAUUAACAGUCCUGAGAGAGUACAUCAAUGAGUGUGACAGUGACUACCAUGAAGAGAGAACUAUACUGCCAAUGUCAAGGGCAUUUCGAGGCAAGCACAUCACGCUUAUCGUGCGGUUCCCCAACCAAGGCCGGCAGGUGGAUGACCUAGAUAUCUGGUCUCACACAAAUGACACAAUUGGCUCAGUGCGACGCUGUAUCUUGACCCGGAUAAAGGCCAACAGCGCUCACACAAAAAUUGAACUCUUCAUUGGCGGGGAGAUGGUGGAUCCGGCUGAUGACAAGAAGUUAAUUGGACAGCUCAACCUCAAGGACAAAACGCUGAUCACAGCCAAGCUCACCCAGAUUAGUUCAAAUAUGCCUUCAAGUCCUGACAGCUCUUCUGAUUCUUCAACUGGGUCCCCUGGAAACCAUGGAAAUCACUAUAGUGAUGGACCCAACCCUGAGGUGGAAAGUUGUCUUCCAGGCGUGAUUAUGUCCCUGCAUCUGCGCUACAUUUCGUUCCUGUGGCAAGUGGCAGAUCUAGGGUGUAGUCUGAACAUGCCGCUACUCAGGGAUGGAGCACGCGUCCUCAUGAAGCUCAUGCCUCCAGAUACCACUACAGUGGAGACCUUGCGAGCCAUCUGCCUGGACCACGCCAAGCUGGGAGAUACCAGCCUUAGCCCAACCCUGGAUUCGCGUUUCUUUGGUCCUUCAGCAUCUCAAGUGCUUUAUCUGACGGAGGUUGUCUAUGCGCUGCUCAUGCCUGCCAGUGGCACUCUUGGGGAAGAUGCCAGUGAUUUCCAGUACAACUUCUUAAAAAGUGGUGGGCUGCCCCUUGUUCUGAGCAUGCUGACCAGGAACAACUUCCUCCCAAAUGCUGACAUGGAGACGAGGCGGGGAGCAUACCUGAACUCCCUGAAAAUAGCUAAACUCUUAUUGACGGCGGUUGGCUUUGGCCACGUGAAGGCCGUGGCAGAAGCCUGUCAACCGGCUGGGGAAGGAACUGUGUCACCAAUAAACCAGGCUACCCAUGACCAGGCUUUGGUUCUUCAGAGUGCACUCCAGAGCAUUCCCAACCCAUCCUCUGAGUGCAUGCUGCGUAACGUUGCCAUCCGGUUAGCCCAGCAAAUCUCUGAUGAGAACUUCUUCCAAGCUUCUAAGUAUAUCCCAGACAUCUCCGUGAUAAGGGCCGUGCAGAAGGUCAUCUGGGCUUCUGGCUGUGGGUCAGUGCAGCUGGUCUUCAGCUCCAAUGAGGAGAUCAGCAAGAUAUAUGAGAAGACCAAUGCAGGGAACGAGCCAGACGGAGAGGACGAGCAGGUGUGCUGUGAGGCUCUGGAGGCGAUGACACUCUGCUUUGCCCUCAUUCCCACGGCUUUGGACACACUCAGCAAAGAGAAGGCCUGGCAGACUUUCAUCAUCGACUUGCUGCUGCACUGCCAGAGCAAGUCUGUUCGUCAGAUGGCUCAGGAACAGUUUUUCCUCAUGGCCACGAGGUGUUGCAUGGGACAUAGACCACUCCUGUUCUUCAUCACCCUUCUUUUCACUGUUUUAGGUAGCACUGCAAAAGAGAGAGCCAAACACGCGGGGGAUUACUUCACUUUGUUAAGGCACUUACUCAACUACGCUUACAACAGCAGUAUAAACCUACCCAACGCUGAAGUUUUGCUGAACAAUGAGAUCGACUGGUUGAAAAGAAUCAAGGAUGAAGUUAAAAGGACCGGAGAGACUGGUCUGGAGGAAACCAUUCUUGAAGGCCAUCUUGGGGUUACGAAGGAGCUGUUGGCGUUCCAAACACCGGAGAAGAAGUACUACAUGGGCUGUGAAAAGGGAGGUGCCACCCUGAUUAAAGAGCUGAUCGAUGACUUCAUCUUCCCGGCAUCCAACGUCUACCUGCAGUACAUGAAGAGUGGGGAGUUCCCGGCCGAGCAGGCCAUCCCCGUGUGUGGCACCCCCGCCACCAUCAACGCCGCCUUCGAGCUGCUGGUGGCGCUCGCUGUCAGCUGUGUGCGGAACCUCAAACAGAUUGUGGACACCUUGACUGACAUGUAUUAUUUAGGUGGGGAAGCUCUUAGCGAAUGGGAGUACUUGCCACCUGUGGGCCCACGGCCCACCAAAGGCUUUGUGGGUCUGAAGAACGCGGGGGCCACCUGCUACAUGAACUCCGUGAUACAGCAGCUCUACAUGAUCCCACCUAUCAGGAACGGCAUCCUGGCCAUCGAGGGCACGGGCACCGACGUGGAUGACGACAUGUCUGGGGACGAGAAGCAGGACAACGAGAGCAAUGUGGAUCCCCGGGACGAGGUUUUCAGCUAUCACAAUCAAUUUGAAGACAAGCCUUCCUCAAAUAAAUCGGAAGACAGGAAAGAGUACAACAUUGGAGUUCUGCGCCACCUACAGGUCAUCUUUGGACAUCUGGCUGCAUCUAGGUUACAGUACUAUGUUCCUCGAGGGUUCUGGAAACAGUUCAGGUUAUGGGGGGAACCGGUGAACUUAAGAGAGCAGCACGAUGCUCUGGAGUUCUUUAACUCUUUGGUGGACAGUCUGGAUGAGGCCCUGAAAGCUCUUGGACACCCACCCAUGCUGAGCAAGGUUCUGGGUGGCUCCUUUGCCGAUCAGAAGAUCUGUCAGGGUUGUCCUCACAGGUACGAAUGUGAAGAAUCCUUCACUACGUUGAAUGUGGACAUUAGAAACCAUCAAAACCUCCUUGAUUCGAUGGAGCAGUAUGUCAAAGGUGACUUACUGGAAGGUGCCAAUGCCUACCACUGUGAAAAAUGCAACAAGAAGGUUGACACUGUAAAGCGGCUGCUUAUUAAGAAGCUGCCCCCAGUGCUGGCCAUCCAGCUGAAACGCUUUGACUAUGACUGGGAGAGGGAGUGCGCCAUCAAGUUCAAUGACUACUUUGAGUUCCCGCGGGAACUCGACAUGGAGCCGUACACGGUGGCAGGAGUGGCCAAGCUGGAGGGCGACAACGUGCACCCGGAGAACCAGGUGAUCCAGAAUGAACCCUCAGAGAGUGAAGACCCUGGCGGCUCAAAGUACCGACUGGUUGGCGUGCUGGUGCACAGCGGCCAGGCCAGUGGGGGCCACUACUACUCCUACAUCAUCCAGAGGAACGGUGGCGACGGCGAGAAGAACCGCUGGUACAAGUUUGACGAUGGCGACGUCACCGAGUGCAAGAUGGAUGACGACGAGGAGAUGAAGAACCAGUGCUUUGGGGGAGAGUACAUGGGCGAGGUCUUCGACCACAUGAUGAAGCGCAUGUCCUACCGCCGCCAGAAGAGGUGGUGGAACGCCUACAUUCUGUUCUACGAGCGCAUGGACUCUUCAGAGCGGGAUGGAGAGCUGGUGAAGUACAUCACGGAGCUGACCAUCUCCGCCAAGCCGCACCAGAUCAAGAUGCCAGCCGCCAUCGAGUGCAGCGUGCGCAAGCAGAACGUGCAGUUUAUGCACAACCGCAUGCAGUACAGCCUGGAAUAUUUCCAGUUUGUAAAGAAACUUCUGACCUGUAACAGUGUCUAUUUAAACCCACCCUCAGGACAAGAUCAUCUUUUGCCGGAGGCAGAAGAAAUAGCUCUGAUUAGUAUUCAGCUUGCUGCUAAGUUUCUGUUCAGCACUGGAUUCCACACAAAGAAGGUCGUUCGUGGUCCUGCCAGUGACUGGUACGAUGCGCUCUGCAUCCUGCUGCGUCACAGCAAGAACGUGCGCUUCUGGUUUGCACACAAGGUGCUCUUCUCGUUCCCCAAUCGCUUCUCCGAGUACCUGCUGGAGUGCCCCAGCGCGGAAGUGAGGGGCGCCUUUGCCAAGCUCAUUGUAUUUAUUGCACACUUCUCCCUCCAAGAUGGGCCCUGUCCUUCUCCAGUUGCCUCCCCAGGACCUCCCAGUCAGCAACAGGCCUGUGACAAUUUGAGCUUGAGUGACCACUUGCUGAGAGCCGUGCUGAACCUGCUGCGGAGAGAGGUGUCUGAACACGGCCGUCAUCUGCAGCAGUACUUCAACCUCUUCGUCAUGUAUGCAAACCUGGGCAUGGCAGAGAAGACCCAGCUGCUGAAGCUGAGCGUGCCAGCCACCUUCAUGCUGGUCGCCCUGGACGAGGGGCCUGGACCUCCCAUCAAAUACCAGUAUGCGGAGCUGGGCAAGCUGUAUGCUGUGGUUUCCCAGCUGGUGCGCUGUUGCGAUGUCUCAUCUCGCAUGCAGUCUUCGAUCAAUGGCAAUCCCCCACUGCCAAACCCCUACGGUGACCCCAACCUGUCACAGCCCAUUCUGCCGGUGCAGCAGCUAGUGGCAGAGAUCCUGUUUGUGCGCACGAGCUACGUGAAGAAGAUCAUUGAGGACUGCAGCAACUCUGAGGAGACUGUCAAAUUAUUGCGAUUCAGCUGCUGGGAGAAUCCCCAGUUUUCCUCCACGGUGCUCAGCGAGCUACUCUGGCAGGUGGCGUACUCCUAUACCUAUGAACUUAGGCCGUACUUGGACCUACUGCUUCAGAUCUUGCUAAUAGAGGACUCCUGGCAGACCCACAGGAUCCACAACGCUCUGAAGGGGAUCCCCGAUGACCGCGAUGGCCUCUUUGACACCAUACAGCGCUCCAAAAACCAUUACCAGAAGAGAGCCUACCAGUGCAUAAAGUGCAUGGUGGCACUUUUCACUAAUUGUUCAGUAGCAUACCAGAUCCUCCAGAGUAAUGGAGACCUGAAGAGAAAAUGGACGUGGGCUGUGGAGUGGUUGGGUGACGAGCUGGAGCGCCGGCCGUACACGGGAAACCCCCAGUACACCUAUAACAACUGGUCGCCCCCGGUGCAGAGCAACGAGACCUCCAACGGGUACUUCCUGGAGCGCUCACACAGUGCAAGGAUGACCCUGGCCAAGGCCUGCGAGCUGUGUCCUGAGGAGGAACCUGAAGACCAAGAAGCUCCAGAUGACCACGACGCUUCACCCCCAGAAGACACCACACUGUACCCCCACUCUCCAGGAGCACAGUACCAACAGCAGAAUAACCACCCCCACGGACAGCCGUACACAGGCCCCGCAGCACAACACGUGAACAACCCACCGCGCCCAGGCCAGCGAGCACAAGAGAACUGGGAGGCGACCGAGGAAACAGCCCCAGCCCAGCCUAAAGAAUAACCCCGGGUCCAGCGUCUCAUCCACUUCUCCAACAUCUCCGGCGAGACACUGGAUCCAGGCAGAAGGCCAGGCCUUUCACUUCAUUACCUCUCCAGGUCCCUUGUGCCCACAGUUCAACUCUUUUUGUAUUUUACCUGGAGUGGAAAGACUUGUCCGCCCUGCAGAGAAUUCCUGUCAUAAAAUACAACCUUGCCUGCAGUGCAAAGUGUAUAGUGUUGUAAUAAACUGGGCCUGAAGCUCUUGUGGAAAUGGCAAGGGUGUACAUAGUAUGUUGUUUGUCUCUCAGUUCCUACAGCAAGACUGACUGUCUGCUGGUGGAGAGUUUAAUAAUAACAGCAACAAAAAAAGACCUUUUGCUUUGACUUUGCUGGGCAGUCUGGGUCACUUAAAUUUUAGGGGGGGAAAUGACAAACCAUUACUUGUGUCAACCACUGUAACCAUGCCAAAUUGGCUCCGCUGCCUGAGUUGAUAUGGGGUUUUUUGGAAUGGCCGGGUUAACACUAUGACAUUUUCUCUUGUCGUGGAAAGUGAUUUGUUCUAGAACUUCCAUUGCCUUUCUUUCAUUCGUUUUGAAACUCUAGUUAAUAUGUUGUAACAUUUUAGCAUGGCUUGACACCAGAUUUAGUGCGGCCAAAGAGAGACUCCUUACAGCACAGCAGCGGCUGUCUGACUGCUCUGAAGCGCCCUUAGUUGCAUCUCUAUUUCCUGAGAUUUUGUUAUUGUAUAUGGUGGAAGAAACAUGGUUUUCAUUGACAGGAACUGGGAAAUAAUAUUUCUAGCUGUUCUUUUCCUUUAAGCCUUCUAGAUUAACUCUUAAUUACCACCCUGUCACUUCAGCCCAGAUGAAAGGUAAGCCAUCUGAAGUGUAUAUACCUAAUCCUCUCAUAUGGUCUGGUGUGAAGACCCAUCAGCCAUGGGAAAUGCACACAUGAACAGCGUUGUGGGAUUACUGCUGGUUAGUCAAGGUCAACCGUUAGAUGUGUAGCAAAGUAUCGUUCGUUAGGAUUUAAGGAUAAUGGUAAGUACUGAAUUUUGAUUGGUAACUUGAUUGUGGUCGUUUUGUCUAAAGUACCAAAAACCUUAAGCCCCACAACCUUUAUUUCACUAUUUUGCUAUUUUAUUUUAGAGGGAUUAUUUUGCUGAACUGUGGAAAAAAUAUUGAGGAACAUUUUGUCCUUGUGUUAUUUUUUAAAGAAAAAACUGACUGUACAGAAAUCUCCGCCUUGUUUUGCCGACUUUUGUUUUGGCCAUGGUGACGUUGAAUUCUGGAUUUACAGUUGCAAUGUGCUUUUUUUGUGCACAAAUGAAACAAAAAGCAAACUUUGCGCCCCUUAGCAAGAAUAAAGUAAACAAUACUGACAUCUUAACAGUCUCAUUUUAUUUAUAGUAUGUUGUAAAUACUUCAUACAGGUAGAAAUGUAACAAAUGGCAACGUCUUACUGAAUUUUGAUAGGUGGCGAGCGACAAAUGGAAGGGGCAUGCAAUGGCAACAGAAGACACCAUUUGAAAGUGUGUGAAUUUGCAAAACGUUUAGCCUAAGUUUGCCAAAUCCAAACCAGUGGCCUAUAUUGUUUCUUACUGUGCUAUGGAGACCUAAGGAAGAGUUGGCUUCCUAAGAGCAAUGCAUCCUGGGAAAGGACAAGAAGCAGCAACCAUUGGAAGAAAUUGGACAACCCACAGGGUGUACUGGUGCAAUGUUGUACUGGUUGUACAGAGACUGGAGCUCUACUGCUAAUGCACUACAGGCCAUUGUCCUUUUGCAUUCUUCCUUCAGGGGACAAAACCUCCACUUGUCUGUAAGGUCUCUUAGCAUUGCCUUUUAUCUUUUUUUUUUAUUAAUAGAAUAAUUUUUGGCAUUUUUGUUUUCAAUAACUCAAAGUUCUUGUGAAACAUGCAUGAAUAAUAAAAUCCCAUGAUCUGCCUUAGUGCACUGUACAAACCCAAUACACUGUAAAAUUCUACUUUUAAAAAGAAAAUAAAUAGUAUUUCAAUUAA